AUGGCCAAGACUUUUUUGUUUACCAGUGAAUCCGUCGGCGAGGGCCAUCCAGACAAGAUCUGUGACCAGGUCUCCGACGCUAUUUUGGAUGCGUGUCUACGUGAGGACCCUCUGUCCAAGGUUGCAUGCGAAACUGCUGCCAAGACCGGUAUGAUCAUGGUAUUUGGUGAAAUUACCACCAAGGCCCAAUUGGACUACCAAAAAAUCGUCAGAGACACCAUCAAGCACAUCGGUUACGACUCUUCCGACAAGGGUUUCGACUACAAGACCUGUAACGUGCUAGUUGCCAUCGAGCAGCAAUCUCCUGACAUUGCCCAGGGUCUGCACUACGAGCAGGCUCUAGAGGAGUUGGGUGCCGGUGACCAGGGUAUCAUGUUCGGCUACGCCACCGACGAGACCCCAGAGUUGCUUCCAUUGACCAUCUUGUUGGCUCACAAGCUCAACCUUGCCAUGGCUGACGCCCGUAGAGACGGUUCUUUGCCAUGGGUUAGACCAGACACCAAGACUCAGGUCACCGUCGAGUACAAGCAGGAAGAGGGCCGUUGGGUGCCUUUAAGAAUCGACACCGUCGUUGUGUCGUUGCAGCACGCCGACGAGAUCUCCACUGAGGACCUCAGAUCUGAAAUCCAAAAGAAGAUCGUCGAAAAGGUGUGCCCUGCCGACAUGUUGGACGAAAACACCAAAUACUACAUCCAGCCUUCCGGUAGAUUCGUGAUCGGUGGUCCUCAAGGUGACGCCGGUUUGACCGGUAGAAAGAUCAUUGUCGACGCCUACGGUGGUGCUUCUGCCGUCGGUGGUGGUGCCUUCUCUGGUAAGGACUACUCCAAGGUCGACCGUUCCGCUGCCUACGCCGCCAGAUGGGUUGCCAAGUCUUUGGUCAAGGCUGGUCUAUGUAAGAGAGUGCAAGUGCAGUUCUCUUACGCCAUCGGUAUUGCCGAGCCAUUGUCGCUACACGUCGACACUUACGGCACCUCCAGCAAAUCUGACGAGGAAAUCAUCGAGAUCAUCAAGAACAACUUUGACUUGAGACCUGGUGUCUUAGUCAAGGAAUUGGAUUUGGCUAGACCAAUCUACUUCCCAACCGCCUCUUACGGUCACUUCACUAACCAAGAGUACCCAUGGGAACAACCAAAGGAGUUGAAAUUGUAA